GACUGCUUCACAUUUUUCUACACUUGUUUGGUAAGUUGAAAACCUCACACCAGCAUGCAGAGGACCGUGCACGCGCCCCUGCAGUUUUAUGAGAAGGUGGGCAGAGUGAUGAACUCAGACCAGGAAAGGCCGUACGAGUGCAACGCUCCUGGUUGUUCUCAGCGGUUCCCCACGGAGGACCAUCUGAUGAUACAUAGACACAAACAUGAGAUGACCCUCAAGUUCCCCUCCAUAAAGAACGACAACAUGUUAUCAGACCAGACGCCCACGCCAACACGCUUCUUGAAGAACUGUGAGGAGGUGGGAUUGUUCAGUGAGCUGGACUGCUCCAUUGAGCAGGAGUUUUGCAAGGCACAGGAAGAAGAGGACAGUAAACAGGCCAUCUCGCUGCACGGUCAGUCAGGCCAGCACCAGCAGUCCCACUCGCGGAUGGGCAACCAUGACACCAGCAUCGUGAUCCAGCAGGCCCUGCCCUCCCCUCAGUCCAGCUCCGUCAUCACUCAGGCUCCAUCCACCAACAGACAGAUAGGGCCUGUCCCUGGCUCUCUGUCCUCAUUGCUGCACCUACGAAACAGACAGAGACAGCCUCUGCCUGCCUCUAUGCCGGGAACUCUGCCAGACCCCACCAUGCCGGGCUCCUCCGCCGUGCUGAUGCCUAUGGAGGGACAAAUGUCUAUGGGCUCCAAUAUGAUGGGCAUGCAAGGACCCGCCCACAACAACUCCUGCUCUUCCGCUCACAUUCCCUCCAUGCACUCAGAAGCCAAACUGAGACUGAAGGCUGCACUUUCACACCACCCGGGUCCCAUCGCCAACGGCAACAUGAACUCCAUGGGCCACAUGAUGGAGAUGAUGUCCUCGCGGCAGGAGCAAAACACUCACCAUCACAUGCAGUCACACCCACACCAGCACCUGCAAGCCCCUCCCCACGCGUACCAGCACCACGGACACCACCACCACAGCCAGGGCCACGGACAGGGUGGACACCACCACCAACAGGGACACAACCCCCAUCACAACUCCCACAAUCCCCAUCUUCAUCCCGGGCACCCACACCAGACCUCACCGCACAAUCCGAUGCACUCUGCUUCACAUAUGUCACCUGCCACCCAGCAGAUGCAUCCCUCGCAGACAAUGCAUUCUCCGCCACAAAGCGGCGGGCGGCGCAGGCGGGUAGUGGACGAGGACCCAGACGAACGUCGGCGGAAGUUUCUGGAGCGGAACAGAGCAGCAGCAACAAGAUGCAGACAGAAGAGAAAAGUGUGGGUGGUUUCAUUAGAGAAGAAAGCAGAAGAACUCACACAGACCAACAUGCAGCUUCAGAAUGAAGUGACCAUGCUAAAGAACGAGGUGACCCAACUCAAGCAGCUUCUCCUCACACACAAGGACUGUCCCAUCACCACUAUGCAGAAAGAUUCCCAAGGUUACCUCACGCCUCCUCCGUGCACAGAGGCAGCCGAGACUCCACGUGAGAAAGACGUCACAAGCGGCACUUUGGCAUCCAAACUCUCAUGGAUGCCUCAAAAUCUCUCUGAUCACCGGACUGUGCCUCAGCUCAGCCGCGCAUGACAUCAGAGCCCCACCCUUUGAUAUGGAUACAAGUGACAUUUUCAUGUAAUUAGGAUAAGGCACCUCCCUGCGUGGCUUUAGCGCAGGAAAAAAAGGCUCAUAUCCCCCUUGGCUGAAUGGUUCUUUUAUUCAGAAGAGAGCCAACUCCCAGUCUGGGCUGGGACAGACUUUCAUCGAUGAGUCUAGCUUGUGUACAGAUGUCACCUUCAAUGUGUCCGAACUCCAUCAGGCGUGUUUAUGGAGUUGUGAUUCACUUUUCCAUUUUUGUGCUGUCCAUUUAUGGCCUCAUUUGGGAUGACAGGUGACGGAUGAGGUGUGAAUUUAGUGUGUCAUGUGUUUGACAUUUAUCUGUUUUUUGCUAAUAA